AAGUACCACUGCAACUUCGACCUGUACCAGUCGCCGGUGGCCAACUGGCGCGACACGCUCUACCUCCGCAUGGCCCCCGACCAGCCCGACGCCGGCGACCUGCCGGACAGCUGCCGCGAUGCUCUGUUUGAAUACGCCGAACAAGUGAAGAAUUUGGGGAGCACUUUAUUCGAGCUGCUCUCAGAAGCUCUUGGGCUCAAACCGAGCUACUUAACUGAUAUAGAGUGCAACCAAGGACAGAUCAUACUCUGCCAUUAUUAUCCUCCGUGCCCACAGCCUGAACUCGCCAUCGGGACAAGCCGGCAUUCAGACUCUGGCUUCCUCACCAUACUUCUCCAAGACGAAAUCGGUGGCCUCCAGAUCCUCCACGAGGACCAGUGGGUAGACGUCACGCCAACACCUGGAGCAUUCAUCGUGAACAUCGGCGAUCUCUUACAGCUGAUCUCCAACGACGGGUUCAGGAGCGUGGAGCAUAGGGUGGUGGCGAAGAACGCCACGCCAAGGGUCUCAAUCGCGUGCUUCUUCAGCACGCAUUUCCACCCUGCCUCUACGAGAAUGUAUGGUCCGAUCAAGGAGCUGCUGUCCGAUGAGAAUCCACCGUUGUACAGGGAGACCCUCGUCAGAGAUUACAUCAAACAUUACUACUCCAUCGGGUUAGAUGCGAAAACUGCUAUCUCUGAUUUCCGGUUGUGAAUUGUGAAGGAGAGCCUGUGUCCUGAUGGUAUACUAUAGACUGUAUCAAUGUACCUGGAACAUUGAUAAGUUGAGCAGUUUGUAAUGAUAAAUAAGUGACAGUAAAAUGGAAGUACAAGUGCCAUUAUAUUGUAUACAUGUGGUACAGGAGUGAUUAUAUUGUGUGCAUGUGGUACAGGAGUGAUUAUAUUGUGUACAUGUGGCACAGAAGGGCACUAGUUUGGUGCCCUGAUGCAUAUUACUGGAACAGAAAAGUGUACUGCAAAAUCUUCAUGAAACUCUCCUCAAUUAUGCUUCA